CAUGCAGGGCUGGAGACGCUGCAGACCCACGACCCGGAGCAGCUCGGAGGUGGUGAAUAAUAGCUCUUCACGUCUGCAAUAAAAAAUGGCCUCCAAUAAAACUACAUUUCAAAAAAUAGGAAAAAACAAUAGGAAGAGUAAAAAAGUUGAAGAGGCAGAGCCUGAAGAAUUUGUGGUGGAAAAAGUACUAGAUCAAUGUGUAGUGAAUGGGAAAGUGGAAUAUUUCCUGAAGUGGAAGGGAUUUACAGAUGCUGACAAUACUUGGGAACCUGAAGAAAAUUUAGAUUGUCCAGAGUUGAUUGAAGCAUUUCUUAACUCUCAGAAAGCUGGCAAAGAAAAAGACAGUACAAAAAGAAAAUCUUUAUCUGAUAGUGAAUCUGAUGACAGCAAAUCAAAGAAGAAAAGAGAUGCUGCUGACAAACCAAGAGGAUUUGCCAGAGGUCUUGAUCCUGAAAGAAUAGUUGGUGCCACAGACAGCAGUGGAGAAUUGAUGUUUCUUAUGAAAUGGAAAGAUUCAGAUGAGGCAGACUUGGUGCUGGCGAAAGAGGCAAAUAUGAAGUGUCCUCAAAUUGUAAUUGCUUUUUAUGAAGAGAGACUAACUUGGCAUUCUUGUCCAGAAGAUGAAGCUCAAUAAUUGUUCACAUUGUUUUUUUAUAUAUAUUUAUAUAUAUAUAUAAAAUUUGGGUCUUGGAUUUUGAUUUACUAGUGUGACGAAAUAACUGCAUCCUAAUGAAAAUCAAGUUUGAUAUGUUUGUUUUGAAAGUAGCAUUGGAAGAGUUGUUGGGGGGUUUUUUGCAUCCAUAGCACUGGUUACUUUGAACAAAUAAAUAAAAGCUUUCUGUAGUUGCUUCCUUUAUCAGAAAAGAACAUUUGA